AUGUCGUCACCAAAAGUCAUCAUAGUGUCAUCCGACGAUGAAAAAUUCCCAGUUGAGCCCAAAGUAGCUGAGAAAUCCAUAUUGAUGAAGAACAUGAUUCACGACUUGAACCCCGAUGGCUUGACUGAAGACUUUGAAAUCCCAACGCCAAACGUGAGAGCUAAUGUCUUGUCGAAAGUGUUGGAAUGGUGCGAACAUCACAAAAACACCGUUUUCCAAGAUGACGACGACGAAGAUGCAAAGAAAUCGGUCCCCGUUGAAGAGUGGGAUAGAAACUUUUUGAAGGUGGACCAAGAGAUGUUGUACGAGAUUAUCUUGGCUGCCAACUAUUUGAACAUCAAGCCCUUGUUGGAUAGCGGCUGUAAAAUGGUUGCUGAGAUGAUCAAGAGCAAGAGUCCCGAGGAGUUGAGGAGAACUUUCAACAUUGUCAAUGAUUUCAGUCCAGAAGAGGAAGCGGCUAUUAGAAAGGAGAAUGAAUGGGCCGAAGAUAGAUAA